ACAUCAACAAACCUAACCUAAUCUAGCCUCAAUCUUUUUUUAUUUAUUUAAAUUUUUUUAUUUAUUUAAUUUUUACACGUCUAAAUAUUUAGAUUACUUGCUCAACAAAUUGCUUUUAUAUCCUCACGUCGGAGCCAGCGUGGUUUCUUUCUAGUUAUCAUCUGCUAUGACCUCAUCUUAAUCCUGUGCCAAAUCAGCCAACAAAAUGCUAAAGACUCCUAUAAAAUUCGUCUCAGAUAACAUCUACCUAUUUUUGGGGAUUAUAAUAGGAUUGUACAUAUCUUCUUUUGUGACCACGACUCUGGACAUCUCAUGUGAUACGUCAAACCAGCUUGGGGUGGACCGCAGUUUUGCCCAACAGAUCAUUAACAGCUCGAUAAACCGGUUGGCCCCAAAGAUUUUACCUGAGAUGGCGAAGGGGGAAACCAAAUCGAAAUUUGUCAGGCCUAGGUACUAUUCCACUGAGCUGGGAAUCAGGGAAAAGUUAUUUGUGGGGAUUUUUACUUCUGCCGAUAAAGUCAAUACUCAGGCAUUGCAUAUUAAUAAAACUAUUGGUCAUUUGGUUGAUAAGAUUAAGUUCUUUAUUACUGCACAGUAUAAAUUGAAAUCCAAGUUUAAUCUUACUGGUUUAGUAGGUUUUACUGAUGCAAGGAGUAAAUACAGACCCUUCCAAGUUAUAAAAUAUGUUGCAGACACUUUUGCUCAAGAUUAUGACUAUUAUUUCUUUGCCAGUGAUAUAACCUUUAUCAAUGCUCAUAGACUCAGAGAUAUUGUUGAUAAAAUUAGUAUUAGUAUGGAUGUUUAUCUGGGAACUAAAGUACCUGAUAGCAGCUUUUGUAACUUGGAUGCUGGUAUAGUAUUAAGUAAUAGUGUGUUAAGAGCUGCUCGACAAUAUUUAGAAUGGUGUAUUAUGAAUGCAGUGUCUGAUGAUAAUAGUGAGAAUUUGGGGCGUUGUAUACACCACAGUUUAGGGUUAUCAUGCCAAGAAUCUGUACAGGAACAAUCUAUGCCUUCAUUUAAACUCAAACAUUUUGAUCUGCCUUACUAUUUAAGUGAAUUAAAGGCAAAUGUAGAUUUUAAUAAAGCUGUUACUAUCCGUCCUGUCAUUGCUAAUGAUGAUUUUUUUAGGUUGAAUGCAUAUUUUCUCAAGCAACGUCUAGAGAUUCACAACAAGCAAAUCAAAAAACUGUCAGAAUCUCUAAAGGAAUCCUGGCCUCCCGGUAUUAAUCCUGGAGUAAAACCGGCCACAAGAUUUGAUGUUCCCAGACAGUAUUAUUUUAAUAUGACUCACGUCUAUUUUCCAGAUGAUUUUACUGUUUUAAAAACGCAUACUGAACCUGAGUUAUUGGAUAUCCAGAAUAUUAUCCAAGGAAUUAACGCACAAGUCUCAGAAAAAUACCCAAAAAGAUUUGAAUUCAGGAGACUUGUGAAUGGAUACAAAACUUUUGACCUUAGUAGAGGAAUGGACUAUACUUUUGAUAUUGGGUUUAGGGAUCUUAAAACUGGAAAAGAAAUUGUUAAGAGAUUUGAGGUUUGUAAGCCUCUAGGAAGUGUAGAAUUUAUUCCAGCACCGUAUGUAACCGAAAAUUCAAGGGUUUCAAUCAUACUGCCGAUACAAGAAACAGAAAUCGCGCAGGCUGUGCUAUUUUUAAACAAUUACAAUAGAGAAAUUAUGUUGAAGAAGGAAAAAACGUUUUUGCUUUUGGUGUUUUUGUAUCAGUAUGACAGCAAUAGUAAAGGAGGUGUGCAAGAUCCCUUUAACGAACUGAAAAGCUUUGCCACAACUACCGCAUCCAAAUUUACCAACGACGAAGUAAAAAUAGCAUGGCUAUCAAUCAGGCUACCCAAAACGGAAAAUCCCUUGGAGUUAGACGAUCAUAGAGUCUUAAGGUUCGCUAUUGUUGAUUUGGCUUUGAAAAAGAUCGGUUUGGAGAGCCUUACAUUGUUUUUAGACGUUUGGAGUAACAUUUCUGUCGAUUUUUUGAAUAGGGUUAGGAUGAACACUCUAGAAAACUAUCAAAUAUUCUCCCCAAUACCUUUCAGGCAAUAUGACCCAAAAAUUACCCAGAUACCCAAUUUGAGCGUGAAUAAGUCUGCCGGGCAUUUCGAUAGGGAGGAAUUUAAAUACAUAUCAUUUUAUGGCAGAGACUAUGUCGCAGCGCGUAAAAAAAUACAAAGUUCUGUACCGCUAGUACGCGUGGACAACGACAUCUCGAAACUAAUCGAUAUAAAGCAUACGGGAAACAUUUUCGAAAUGUUCAUUAAACAUGGCGGGGAUGUACACUGUAUGCGGGCGACAGAGAUGAACUUAAAAGUGUUUUAUCACGAAGAACAGGAUGAGAAUAGGGUGAAUAAGUUUUACGGGGUGGACGCCCAACUGGCCAAAUUGUUGUUAACUAAAGAGGGUAUUCCUGAACUACUGUGAUUAAAGUGCCUUAAACUUAAACUUUAUGUGCCAGUAAAAAAAGCAUAGGGUUUUAUAUGUGAAUAUGCCAAAUAUGUGUAAUAAUAGUGUACAUUAUGUGAUAUACACCACUUUUUUAAUCUUGCCAAAUUUAAGUCCAGGUUACUUUUAGAAAUGCGUAUCUUUUUAUCUGCAAUUGUACGUUUAAUGAGAUUCAUUAAUUUACAACAUGUUGAUUUUUAUUUUUAGAUUUUGUUGCCUAAAUAAAAUUUUAGUUAUUUUAUA